UGAGGCUCCUCUCUUCCGCGCUCAGCGCAGCACUUUGGCGGCGUGGACCCCGUUUGCUCUCCCGGUCCUCCUGGUCCCUCGCACGGACUGAAGCUGUCCGCUGCUCCGUCUCUGGGCUCGGGUUCCCGCUGUUCGCCUCGCUCGGUCCGCUCGGUUCUCCCUGUUCUCCGCCCGGAGCCCCUGCUCAGAGUUCACCGUUCUGCGGUUCUCCUCUCGCUCUCUUCUUCAGUUUGAACGUUUUUAGACCCGGUUGUCCGGUUCUUUGUCCGGUUGGCCCUCCUCCUGCUCCGGUGCCUUCGGUAACCGUCUCAGACAUGGGUUGGAGCGUCGCGGUUCUGCUGUCGGUCAUCUGGGUUCAGUUCACGACGGGAGUCCCGGACGGACCGGACGUUCAGGUGAUUGACGUGUUGAGUCUUCAGGACUCGAGGCAGACUGUAGCGGCGGUGGAGAAGCUGUCUGGCGGUCUGAGCACGCUCAGUGACAUAUAUGUGGUGUCGACGUUGCGGCUGCCGGCAAAGCUGGGCGGAGUCUUGCUGGGUGUCUACAGCAAACAGGACAACAGGAAGUACCUGGAACUUGCCGUCAUGGGGAAGAUCAACAAAGUCCUGGUCCGUUACGUCAGAGCUGACGGGAAGCUCCACACCGUCAACCUGCAGAACGCCAACCUGGCCGACGGCCGCACUCACUCCGUCAUCCUGAGACUCGGAGGCCUUCACCGUGACAACAUGAACAUGGAGCUCUAUGUCAACUGCCGAUUGGCCGACUCCACCCAGGGCCUGCCGCCGCUCGUCCCUCUGCCCAGGGAGGCAGACAUGGUGGAGAUCAGACAUGGACAGAAGGCCUACGCCCGACUGCAGGGUGCAGUGGAGUCCCUCAGACUGGCUCUAGGGGGCAGUGUUGCUAAAGCUGGAGCUCUGACUGACUGUCCGUUCCAGGGAGACUCCUCAGCCUACAACUCAGUGAGUGGGGAGGUCAACUCCAUCCUGGGUGAUCACACCAAGGCUCUGAUUGGUCAGCUCAUCAUCUUCAACCAGAUCCUGGGGGAGCUGCGACAGGACAUCAGAGAACAGGUGAAGGAGAUGGCCCUGAUCAGAAACACCAUCCUGGAGUGUCAGGUUUGUGGUUUCCACGAGCCUCGUUCCCGCUGCUCUCCUAACCCCUGUUACAAAGGCGUGUCCUGUAUGGAGAGUCUGCAGUAUCCGGGGUUCACCUGUGGACCCUGUCCACCUGGAACCGCCGGUAAUGGGACGCACUGUCAGGACGUGGAUGAGUGUGAGCUGCAGCCGUGUUUCUCUCCUGAAGCCUGUAUAAACACUGUGGGGGGGUUCAGCUGUCAGCCCUGUCCUCCUGGCCUGUGGGGGGCUCCACUGGCUGGAACUGGUCUGGACUACGCCAAGACACACAAGCAGGACUGUGUAGACAUUGAUGAGUGUGUCGAUCUACCUGACGCCUGUGUGUCAAACUCCGUCUGCAUCAACUCUGUGGGCUCAUACAAGUGUGGCGGCUGUAAACCUGGUUUCCUUGGCAACCAGACGUCAGGUUGCUUCCCCAAGAAGUCGUGCGCUGCAUUGACCUUUAACCCCUGCGACACCAACGCCCACUGCACCAUGGAGAGGAACGGCGAGGUUUCCUGCAGGUGCAACGUGGGCUGGGCGGGAAACGGUAACACGUGUGGAGUGGACACAGACAUCGACGGGUAUCCAGACCGGUCUCUGCCCUGCAUGGACAACGACAAACACUGCAAACAGGACAACUGUAUGUUUACACCAAACUCAGGUCAGGAGGACGCUGACAACGACGGGAUCGGAGAUCAGUGCGACGAGGACGCCGACGGAGACGGCAUCAAAAACGUGGAGGAUAACUGCCGGUUGGUCCCUAACAAAGACCAGCAGAACUCAGACAGCGACUCGUUCGGAGACGCUUGCGAUAACUGUCCCAACGUCCCCAACAGUGACCAGAAAGACACCGACAACAAUGGACAGGGAGACGCCUGUGACCAGGACAUUGAUGGAGACGGAAUUCCCAACGUUCUUGAUAACUGUCCGAAGGUACCGAACCCGAUGCAGACAGACAGAGACCGGGACGGAGUGGGAGACGCCUGUGACAGCUGUCCUGAGCUCAGCAACCCUAUGCAGACGGACAUCGACAACGACCUGGUGGGAGACGUUUGUGACACCAAUCAGGACACGGACGGAGACGGCCACCAGGACAGCCGAGACAACUGUCCAGACAUCCCCAACAGCUCCCAGCUGGACUCCGAUAACGACGGCCUCGGCGACGACUGCGACCACGACGACGACAACGACGGCGUCCUCGACGACUACGACAACUGCCGACUCAUCGUCAACCCCAACCAGAAAGACUCUGAUGUGAACGGCGUUGGAGACGUUUGUGAGAACGACUUUGAUAACGACGCUGUGGUGGAUUUGAUGGACGUGUGUCCAGAGAGCGCUGAGGUCACCCUGACAGACUUCAGAGCCUAUCAGACCGUCAUCCUGGACCCGGAGGGAGACGCCCAGAUUGACCCCAACUGGGUGGUUCUGAAUCAGGGUAUGGAGAUCGUCCAGACGAUGAACAGUGAUCCUGGCCUCGCUGUGGGACCGUCUUGCUGUGUGUCUGCAGGCUACACGGCAUUUAACGGCGUCGAUUUCGAGGGAACGUUUCACGUCAACACGGUCACGGACGACGACUACGCCGGCUUCAUCUUCGGUUAUCAGGACUCCUCCAGUUUCUACGUGGUGAUGUGGAAACAGACGGAGCAGACGUACUGGCAGUCCGUCCCCUUCAGAGCCAUGGCCCAGCCCCACGUAUCUGCCCUGCAGGCGGUGAAGUCACGGACCGGGCCAGGUGAGUUCCUGAGGAACGCCCUGUGGCACACCGGAGACACACCUGGAGAGGUGAAGCUGCUCUGGAAGGAUCCGCGAAACGUCGGCUGGAAGGACAAGACCUCGUACCGAUGGCAGCUGAGCCACCGGCCACAGGUUGGAUACAUGAGGGUGAAGCUGUUUGAGGGGACAGACAUGGUGGCGGACUCUGGCGUGGUGAUCGACACCACGAUGAGAGGAGGCCGGCUCGGCGUCUUCUGCUUCUCCCAGGAAAACAUCAUCUGGUCCAAUCUGCGCUACAGGUGUAACGACACGGUGCCUGAAGACUUCCAGACUCAUCGUAAACAGGUUCUGAUGCACAUUCAGGUCUGA